ACUAAGUCUUAUCCAGUUGUGUAGUAACUGUCGACAUGCGAGGUAUAUUUGUGAGUCUCAUGCUCUUGCUCUUUGCCAUAGCGACUUCACGGGCCCUCAACUGCCAGCCGUGUAAAUUACUGGAGGCCCGCCAGACACAUGCAAACGAGACCCACACGCAGCCAAAGUGAGAGAAGUGAGAAAACAAAACUUACGCACACACAAAGGCACCAUCUUAUACACAAACUCAGAAGAAACGACGAUUCAGUCUCAGUUGAACACUCGCAACGAAGUGUAGUGUACCCCCAUAAAU